UUUCCGGUGCUCUGUGAAGUUUCCUGCAGAGCGGUGUCGCCGGAGAAGGUGAAAGAAAAGGUGAUGAGACUUGCUGUAUUUAUUUUUGCAUCGGAUUUCUUGUGCUUUUAAUGCAAUCGCAAAGAGAGGCGAGGGGUCAAGCUGCAUGAGCUACACGAAAGCGGCUGUUACGAUGCUCUCCCUGUCUCGACUGGUUCUGAGCUCCGGAUCGCGCUCCCAGGCUGCACUGAGUCAGUGUGGCUCUGCGGUUCUGACCCGCUUCGCCAGCACAGCAGCCGGGCAGGAGAAGCCGAAGAAAACGAAAUAUGGGCCUCUGAGUGACCAGGACCGCAUCUUCACCAACCUCUAUGGGCGACAUGACUGGAGGCUCAAGGGGGCUCUCAGUCGGGGUGACUGGUUCAAGACAAAGGAGAUCCUGCUGAAGGGAGCAGACUGGAUCCUCAACGAGGUCAAAGUGUCUGGCCUGCGGGGUCGAGGGGGCGCCGGCUUCCCCACCGGCAUGAAGUGGGGCUUCAUGAACAAGCCCAGCGAUGGCAGGCCGAAGUAUCUGGUGGUGAACGCGGACGAAGGGGAGCCGGGGACGUGCAAGGAUCGCGAGAUCAUGAGGCAUGACCCCCACAAGCUGGUGGAGGGCUGUCUCAUCGCUGGCAGGGCCAUGGGGGCCAGAGCCGCCUACAUCUACAUCCGGGGGGAGUUCUACAACGAGUCUUCCAACCUGCAGGUGUCGCCCCGCCCUCCACCCUCCACCCCCUGCAGCCUUGCACAGUGGUCCGGUCCAGUGCGGUCAGACUCCCAGUGCACUGUGGGUCUGAUCCACUCCAGGUUUCACAGUGCGAUCGGACUCCCAGUGCACUGUGGGUCUGAUCCACUCCAGCGUUUCUCCAAACCUCCUGCCUCCGGGGGAUAA